AUGGAAUAUCAUCCAAGCAAUUCAAUACCAAUAUCAGCGACUAUUGGUGGCGGCAGUGGCAUUGGAAAUGAACGUACUGCUAUUGUUUAUGUAUCCUAUGAGGGUUGUUGUUAUGAAGUAAGAAUUCGAAGUGAUUCAGAGCCAAGAAUACUAGAUAUUCUCUACGGUUUACAACGAGCACUAUGUAUUCCACAAUAUGAGAUGAUGCUAUGCUAUGGACAAACAAGAAUUGAUUGUCAUCCAUUUUGUAGUUUAAAAUCAUUAGGAAUACCGGAAGGUGUUACACUCAAUUUAUACAGAUGUAUAUGA